AUGAAGGAGCACCACCUGAUGCCCAACACUACGACGCUUCUCUCUUGGUUCAUCUUCCGUUCAAAUCAUCCUUGUAGUAUCCUCCUCUCGAUCGACCUCCUUACAACAGUCGCUACAACGGAGGAGAACAUCCCUCUGCGGGUGGAGGGCACUCUGAGGACCAGCCUGUCAUCACUGGGGGAGCAGGCCUACUACCGGGACAGCCACUCCACCAUCUCCGGUCGGGGCGGAGGGGGCGGGGCGGUCGACUACCUGGGCAGACCGGUCCUGAACAACAACUCACGGCGGCUUCGAGAGCGGCUUCUGCACGACCGAGACGAGGAGAGCCGUCUGCGAGUCGAGAACUAUGUCAGGAACAGCAACAUGUCCCUGCAGGAGACCCGGUUCCAGCCGCCUCUGAUGCCCUCCUCGUACCCCAUCCAGAGCACGGAGGUGGUGCGCCACGUGAACGGCAGCCUCCACAUCGUCAGCAGCAGUGAGGGAGGCGGGUCCCGACAGAGCAGCCUCAUCAAGACCCCACAGCUGCUGCCCCCCAUGAGCAGCUGCCCCCCAGUCAUCCUCGUCGAGGAGGAGGUGGACGAGGGUCUGGGAGAUCCCGCCAACGGCCACAGCCCCCAGGAAGACCAGUACAGUGAGACCAGCAGCUCUCAGGUGUCCUACCCCAACAGCAACGGAUCCCUGAGACCCAAAAUACGACCUCUGACUCCCAUCGUUAGCCCGCAUGCUUCGCUAGUUCACAAAGCGCAGAUUCUGACUUCCUGA